AUGGCUGCAACUAUGAUAGGAACCGCUUUCCUCUCUGCAACUGUUCAAACAUUAGUUGAGAAACUUGCUUCCAAAGAGUUUCUUGAUUACAUCACUAACACCAAGCUCGAUCUCUCACUUUUGAAUCAGAUAAGACUAACACUACUCACUCUUCAACCUCUCCUAGAUGCUGCUGAGGAGAAGCAGAUCAGCACUCCUUCUGUCAAAGAUUGGCUUGAUGGCUUCAAAGAUGCUGUCUACGAUGCUGAAGAUCUGCUCAACCAUAUUAGCUAUGAUUCCCUUCGAUGCAAGAUGGAGAACACGCAAGCUGCAAGCAAAACUAUACAGGUCUGGAACAUCCUUUCUUCUCCUUUUAAAAAUAUCUAUGGUGAGAUCAAUUCCCAAAUGAAAGAUAUGUGUGAAACCCUUAAACUUUUUGCUGAAAAUAAAGAUAUCCUUAGUUUGCAAACUAAAAGUGUCAGAGUUUCUCAUAGAGCACCUUCAACUCCUAUGUUCAAUGAAUCUGUCAUGGUUGGUAGGAAAGAUGACCAAGAGAAACUGAUGAACAUGUUGCUAUCAGAAAGCAAUACUUGCAUGGACGUACUUGCAAUUGUUGGCAUGGGAGGUGUCGGAAAAACAACACUUGCACAACUUGCUUACAAUGAUGAAAAAGUUCAAAAGCACUUUGAUCUCACAGCAUGGGCCUGUGUAUCAGAAGAUUUUGAUGUUGUUAGAGUAACCAAAAAUCUCCUUGAAUCUGUCACUAAAACACCAUGGGAAACCAAUAAUCUUGAUUUACUUCGAGUUGAGUUAAAGAAAAAUUUAAAAGGUAGGAGAUUUUUCAUUGUGUUGGAUGACUUAUGGAAUCACAACCAUUGUGAUUGGGAAGAACUUGUAUCUCCGUUGAUUUAUGGAAAAACUGGAAGCAAAGUGAUCAUCACAACACGCAACAAAAAAGUGGCAGAUGCCGCACGCACAUUUCCUAUUUUUGAAUUAGAUCCUCUGUCAGAAGAAGACAGUUGGUUUUUACUCUCCAAAAUUGCAUUUGGAAGUGGAGACUUUUCUGAAACUCAACAGCAAAACCUAGAAGCAAUUGGAAGGAAGAUUGCAAGAAAGUGUGGUGGUUUGCCGAUAGCUGCAAAAACACUUGGAGGACUAUUGCGUUGGAAAAUAGAUACUAAAGAGUGGAUCGACGUUCUGAACGAUGACAUCUGGAACUUAGAGAAUGAUACUAUUCUGCCUGCAUUGCGCCUGAGUUAUCAAUAUCUUUCCUCUCAAUUAAAACGAUGCUUUUCCUAUUGCUCUAUUUUUCCAAAGGACUAUCCGCUUGAUAGGAAGCAAUUGGUUUUGUUGUGGAUGGCAGAAGGCUUCCUUGAUCAUUCUCAAGACAAAAAAACCAUGGAAGAAGUAGGUGACGAGUGUUUUGCUGAAUUGUUAUCCAGAUCAUUGAUUCAACAAUUGCAUGAUGAUUUUCGUGGGCAAAUUUUUGUCUUGCAUGACCUUGUUAAUGAUUUAGCUACAGCUGUAUGUGGAAAAAGUUGUUACAGGCUUGAAUUUGGCGCGAAGAGCUAUGAAAAUGUUCGCCACUUGUCAUAUAAUAAAGAAAAAUAUGACAUUUUCAAGAAGUUUCAGACUUUCGAAAAAUUCAAACGCUUGAGAAGCUUCCUUGCCAUUCACUUUGGAUGGCCAGAAUAUAAUUUAUCAAGAAACACUAUCAAUUAUUUGCUACCCACAUUUCAAAGGUUGCGUGUGUUAUCAUUAUCAAAUUAUAGAAACAUCACCUCGCUACCCGUUACAAUUGGCAAUUUGGUGCAGUUGCGCUAUCUAAAUCUCUCUAACACGAAUAUCGCAAGCUUGCCUGACACCAUAUGCAACCUCUACUACUUGCAAACCUUGAUUUUAUCUUGCUGCUUCCGUCUUACAGAAUUGCCGGAACAUGUUGGAAAAUUAAUUAAUUUGCGUCAUCUUUAUAUUGAUAGGACAAGCAUAAUAGAGAUGCCGAAGCAAAUUGCUGAACUGGAAAACCUUCAAACUCUAAAUGUUUUUGUAGUUGGCAAGAAAAAUAUUGGUUUAAGUGUUAGAGAGCUUGGGAAGUUUCCUAAGCUACGGGGAAAAGUAGUCAUCAAGAACCUGCAAAAUGUCAUUGAUGUCAUGGAGGCAAGUGUUACCAACUUGAAGAGCAAAGAACAUAUUGAGGAAUUGACGCUACAGUGGGGCGAGGAAACUGAUGACACACUUAACGAAAGAAAUGUGCUUGAUAUGUUACAACCAUCUGCAAACCUAGAGGAACUGAGCAUUAUAUCAUAUGGUGGGACAAGUUUUCCAAGUUGGUUGGGAGAUCCUUCGUUUUCUAACAUGGUGUUCCUUAGCAUUAGUAAUUGUGUGAAUUGCAUGACACUUCCACCACUAGGGGAGCUACCUUCUCUCAAAAUUUUGAGGAUUCACAAUAUGCCAAUUUUGGAGACAAUUGGGCAGCAGUUCUAUGGCAUGGCAGCAGGAGGUACCAAUUCUUCGUUCCAACCAUUUCCUUCCCUUGAGAAGCUUAUAAUUGAGAAAAUGUCAAAUUGGAAAGAAUGGCAUCCUUUUCAAGGCGAAGUGUUUCCUUUUCUCCGUCUUAAAACUCUGGAGUUAUCUAAGUGUCCUGAACUGAGGGGACAUCUGCCUAGUCAACUUCCUUCCAUAGAAGAGAUUAAAAUAUAUCAUUGUGAUCAUCUCUUGGCAACACCACCUUCUCAGCACUGGCUUUCCUUUAUAAAAAAGCUUGAUAUUACAGGAGAUUUGAAUUCAGAAAGCAAAACUGAAAGAACCCAAUGCUCAUUGCUUGAGAGUGAUUCUCCAUGUCUUGUGCAAGGUAUAGUCAUAAGGAACUGUCAUAUGCUAAAAUCUGUACCUAAAAUGAUUAUUAACAGCACCUGUCUUCGGCACUUGACUCUCUAUGGUAUUAAUUCUCUCAAUGUGUUUCCAACAAAUGGUUUACUCACUUCAUUGCAAUCACUACUUAUUGACAAAUGUGAGAAUUUAACAUUCCUACCUCUUGAAAAGUGGAGCAGUUACACAUCACUUAUGUCUCUUAAUUUAUGGAGAAGCUGCAAUGCACUUACCUCCUUCCCAUUGAACUGUUUUCCUAUGCUCCAAAAUCUUUCCAUCCGCGAAUGUAGAAGUUUGGAAUCUAUUUUUAUUUCAGAAACUUCUUCUUGUAGCUCGUCAACCCUCCAAUCUUUUUAUGUCAGUGAGUGCGAGGCCCUUAGGUCACUACCUCAACGGAUGGAAACCCUGACCUCUCUUGAAACUAUGUAUCUCAGGAAUCUUCCAAAUUUGAAUUUAUCAUUAUGUGAAGGAGCUUUCCUACCUCCCAAUUUACAACUUAUUCAUGUUGAUUAUGUGAGAAUAACAAAGCCAGUAACAGAGUGGGGUCUCCAAGGCCUUACUGUUUGUUCAUCAAUGUUAAUCGGAGGUGAGGAUAAUGUGAACAUGUUACUCAAAGAGCCGUUGUUGCCAAUUUCCCUUGUGUUUCUACAUAUAAAAAGUCUCUCUGAAAUGAAAUCCUUAGAAGGAAAUGGACUUGGACACCUCUCCUCUCUAGAACGCCUUGAUAUUUCGGAUUCUCCAGGGCUUGUGUCAUUGCCAGAAAAAGCCUUUCCCUCCAUGCUGAAAACACUUUAUUUCAGGGAUUGUCCAAGACUAGAGUCAUUGCCAGAAGACCGCCUCCCUUCCUCUCUUGAGGAUCUGAUCAUCAUACGUUGCCCUUUGUUAGAAGAAAGGUAUAAACGGAACGAACAUUGGUCAAAAAUUGCCCACGUCCCGGUCAUAAAAAUAAAUAACCAACUCACAAUAUGA